AUGCCGCUUUGGGCUGUGAUUCUGGGAUGGUUUUUUGGCUGUUCUGGCUUGCUGGUACUCAACGCUCAGCAGGCCAAUCGUCCACCCAGGCUUCGGAUCCAUCACGUUGACCAACAGACUGGACUCACCUGGACUAGUGGCCUUGGUGCCGGUGACAGUCCAGCUUAUGAUGAUGCUAUCAUCGUCAUGGAGAACCUUCCAAAAUCUCGCUUAGGCAUCAAUUUGGUACACAACCAACGGAAAGUGAGCCGCGUUGUGGUGAAGGAGGCAUUCAAUGCCGGUUGGCGCGUGGGAGAUGUGAUCCUGGAGGUGGAUGGCAAGCAGGUUCGCUCGAAUAAAGCAAUCCAAAAAGCCGUACAGCGGGCAUUGCUCCGGAAGAAACUACCUUUGACCUUCAAGGUGCGGCGCUGGGCUGUGCCAGACCGAAGCCGCGGCAUGCUGCAGUUGACUAAGGGCGGCCGCCGCGAGCACUUGGUGCCCAUGCUUGAUAUUAUCCGCGGAGUCUUGAAGGAGUUUGAAGUGGUGCUUUUCAUGGAAGGCACUUUGAAGGAGCCAAAGACUCGCAUUUGCCGGGAAGUGGUGCGGCAGCUGGACUCCAUGGGGCUGGCAUUCAAGGCCAUCGAUUGCACCGACCAGAAGGCAAAUCCUGAAAUCCGCAAGAUCGCGAAGCAGAUCUCUGGAGAGGAGGGCCUUCCGCAGCUUUUCAUCAACGGAACGCAUGUUGCUGGGGGCCGCGCGAUCCUUGCUGCACUUCGGGAGGGUCAGCUGGAACAUGCGGAGAAAGGUCGAGCGCGAAAUCAAUAUAUAUAUAUAUAUUCACCGUAG